UCAAUCAGUUCUUAAGAAAGAAAACACACAAUCAAGAAAAUGAGUUUAGCUGUCGUCAACGAGACAACAGUGACAACAUUUGUCGAAGACAUGAAAGCAUUCGAGAACUGUGUCAAGGAAUGUUUCGAGAUGCUUGAUGUAGAUGGGGAUGGAGUGCUUUCACGAUCUGAGCUUCGUGAGGGAUUUUGUAAACUCAUGUCAUUAGGGCAUGAAUCCAGCAAGAAAGAGAAGAUUGACCAUCUUUUCGAUACCAUUUUCGACAGGUUUGAUGAGGAUCAAAAUGGGAGUAUCGAUCCUCGAGAGUUCAAGUGCUUGAUUAGGGAGCUCAUGUUUGCAAUGGGACGUGGGCUGGGUAAUUCUCCAGUUCUGGUGGCUCUAGAAAUAGAUAGCUUGCUUAUGAAGGCUGUGGAGCAUGAAUUUGGCCGGAUAUGAUCAAAAGAAGAAGGGUUCUUCAAGUUUGGCACAUGGAGUUGCUUCCACGCAAUAGAUUAUGUGUAAUGUCUAACAACAAGAAACCCUACAUCAUUUGUCUGAUAUAAUUGGCAGGAUGAAGUGUGUUUUUUCAUUCUUAAGGGUGUGUUUGUUUUUGCUUUCAA